CGCACAGCCUGCGGGUGUUUUCCCCUGAGCGCGUGUGGUGCGCGUGUCUGUGUGUGUGAGUGUGGGAGGGGUUUGCCGGAGUCUCUUGGUCCCUCUAAUUAGCAGCGUGUUCCGGUCAGACAGUCAGUACAGGGACCUGUCCGAGGCGCAGAGGGAUCCGGGGCCAGUCCACCUGCGCGGUGCCUCUGACCGUGUGAAGUCACACUCUGGAUGUCCUGCUGCAAACAGCCCAGUUAACGCCCAGUUAACGCCCAGUUAAGGCCCAGAGAUCCGUUCCCUCUGGUGUUUCUGUGCUGUGCAGUCCGCGGCUCCACCAGCGCUCCCGGGGUCCCACAGCUGCUGCGUGGCGUGUCCGACCUCCGAGUCAGCGCCAGGACUUAAAGCCGCUCCAAAGAUGAUGUCCUACAUAAAACAACCUCAUUACACCAUGAACGGCUUGAACCUGCCGGCUCCUGGGAUGGAUGUCCUCCACACAACCGUGGCGUACCCACCCACUCCCCGGAAGCAGCGCAGAGAGCGCACCACUUUCACUCGGACACAACUGGACAUCCUGGAAGCUCUGUUCUCCAAAACCCGCUACCCAGACAUCUUCAUGAGGGAGGAGGUGGCCCUUAAGAUCAACCUGCCUGAGUCCCGUGUGCAGGUUUGGUUUAAAAACCGUCGUGCUAAAUGCCGCCAACAGCAACAGCAGAGCAGCGGCCAGUCUAAGCCCCGCCCUCCAAAGAAGAAGGCCUCACCAGUCCAGGAGCCCAGUGUCCCUGAUCCAGUUCCUAACCCAUCUGGCUCUUACAGCCCCUCCUCAGCCCAGGCAGCUGGCCCUAGCCUGGCCCAGACCUCCAGCACUGGAAACACCGCUGUGUCCAUCUGGAGCCCGGCCAUCUCGCCCCUGCCCGACCCCCUGGCCUCCUCCUCAGUGCCCUGCAUGCAGCGGCCAUCGCCCUACCCCAUGAGCUACGGCCAGCCAUCAGCAUACAGCCAGGGCUACGCCAGCACCACCUCUUAUUUCACUGGCCUGGACUGCAGCGCCUACCUGUCCCCCAUGCACUCGCAGCUGUCAGGCACUGGGGGGGCCCUCAGUCCCAUCACUGUCCCUUCUAUGGGGGGCUCACUGAGCCAGUCCCCAGCCUCUCUGUCUUCACAGGGCUACAGCACCGCCUCUUCCCUGGGCUUCACCUCUGUCGACUGCCUGGACUACAAGGACCAGCAGGCCUGGAAACUGGGCUUCACAGCUAUGGACUGCCUGGACCACAAAGACCAAAACUCCUGGAAAUUCCAGGUCCUCUAGAAAGUGAGGAAGGGUGUGGUUUCGUUCAACCAGUGUGAGAUAGCAAAGCAGUCCAGCCGGGAAACUUUUUAUUGUUGAUUCAUUUUCUGCUUUUUUCUCUGUCUGAGCGUGAUCGCUGUAGAAAACACCGUCCUGUCUAAGAAGAAAGGAUGUCGAUGCCGCCUGCUGAUGUUUCUGUUUAACCAACAAUCUAGGGAAGAAAACUCAAUUCUAGUGUAUGGACAGAAAUACACACACACACACACACACACACACACACACACACACACACACACACACACACACACACACACACACACACACACACACACACACACACAUGCUAUCUGACUGGUUUGAGGUCGUUUAGAGCUCUCAGAGCUUUUGUGUUUGUAAAACUUUUAGUUUCAUGUUUUUAUUUUCACCUGUUUGAUGAGAAAAUAGAUUUCCUGUUUUAGCAACGUGACACAUUGAAAUAAUUUCUUCUUCCGUACCUCUGAGGGUCAUUAGGGUGUAUUUGGAGGUUCUGGUGCCUGUGAGGAUGUGUGCGACAGAACCUGAUCCACAAGCUCACCUUAAGAAUGGAUGGCUGUGAUGGAGUCCAGUUUGGACCUGCCAUGUUUGUCAAGUGGUCUGAGUGGUUCUCACUGGUCCAUCUUGGUUAUUUUAGCUCAGCUCAUUCUGGGAGUGACCCAAUCCUCUUAGCCUCCCUUCAGCGAUGUCCUAAGUGAAUUAGUUAGGAUUAUUGUCCACCCCCCACCUCCCCACCUCUACCUCUUGUGCCCCCUCCAUCCCUGACUCUGUCAUUGUUUCCCUUCACCUGGUUGGUUACUUUUAACUGUUUCUGACUCGGUUGUUUUCUGUACAUCUCAUAAGUGAUCAUAAUAACUGACAAUAAAUGAGUUUUAAUAUUUUGUCUCAGG